AUGAUUGAAUCAUCGAAUGGAAAGUUAUCAUCCUUGGGACGACCCAUUUGGCUUCAAAAAGUCAUUAGUUUCUAUUCACGAAAACUUCAUUUCAUUGUCAUUCCUAUUGGAAUCAUUGUGGCUGCCAUUCAUCUCAAAUUUGCCAUUCAAUAUUUCGAUCAAUGUCCAAUACAACCAAUGAUACCCAUUUAUAUGAUUGUUCAUGCUGCAAUUCAUCUCACAUUGAUGAUGGUUGGUAUUUGUGGAAUAAUCAAUGUCCGAUGCAACUUUCCUCGUGAUACACAACAAUCCAGUCCAAUUGGAGUUGCCAUUCUCGUCAUUAUCCUGGUUUCUGUGUUAAUUAUGUCUUUAUUUAGUUUUGCUUGGUUAAUUACUGGUUCUGUUUGGGUAUUUGGUGCAAAAGCGGAUGGGGUUCAAGGAGAUAAUCCAAAUGAUACAAAUACAUAUUGUCAAUCUGAACUGUUCAGAGCUGCUUUCGUUCUUUUGAUCGUCAAUUACGUUCUACAUGUUGUUAUCAUAUCUCUGAUUAUUAUGAGACGUUUCUGUUGUAAACAACGAGCAUCAAAUUCUCCAGACGCAUUCAAUAUGUAG